UUUUCGCCUCCGCCCUCUGCUGAAGAGCGCUCGUUUCCGGGAGGACCGUAUUCCGGGAGACACUCAACAUGGCGGCGCUCAUGGGGGACACCAAGGAAGGUCGCACCGCUGUACCGUCGCUGGCUCUUCCACCAUGCGGGCCGCCAAGGCCGGGUUGCACGGGCUCUUCGCCGUUUACAAGCCGCCGGGGACUCCUUGGAAACUCGUGCGGGACACGGUGGAGACCAAACUCCUGAGCGAACUGAAUUCGUUAGAGCGACCUCCGCCACGACAGCAAAUACGCUUCCUGCCGGCCAUGGUAGAAGGGAAGGAUGGGAAAGAACUGACGCUUACAGUGACGCAGCUUCCUAUGUUGGCUGACCACCCGCUGGUUUCUGGACCAGUGUUCACCCACUUGAGGGUUGGAGCAGGGCACAGGCUUGAUAAGCAGUCAUCUGGGGUGUUUGUGCUUGGUGUGGGUGGUGGAAACAAGCUGCUUGAUGAGGUGUACCAUGCCCAUCUCAGCAGGACCUACACAGUUCGCGGCCUGUUUGGCAAAGCCACUGAUGACUUCUCGGAUACAGGCAAACUGAUAGAGAAGACAACGUUUGAUCAUAUCACUGGGGAGAAGCUGGAACGAAUUCUAGCGGUUAUCCAAGGAUCCAAUCACAAAGCUCUCUUGCAGCCGCCUCCAUCCCCCUGCCUCCUCCCACUGCGUCGUUAUCGCUCACCCAAAGAGUCAGAGGAGUCAGAUAGCUCUCGGCCGCUCUGUUUCUCCAAGAGUCCCGCCAACCCUCGGAAUUGGACUGUGGCACGAUCUAUGGGCAGUGACCACCAGCAGCCGCAGUGGAAGGUGGUGCUGGUCUGCCUGUCAACGAUAACAAUAUUAUUGUGGUGCAUACUGCGUGAGGAGACUGAAAUUGACCGGAUUAUAGAGGCUGCACUGGAGGGGAAGCUCCAGGAAUCUGAACCUCAGGAUUCUGCUUCUAAGCAGGAAAAACCUUAACAGGAAACCUUGGCAGGAACCUUUUGCCUGAGUACUGGAGAAGAGUCUGGAUUCCUGCUCAGUUGGGUGCUUGAAGAUGCUUGUAAGCUGGGAGGGGGAGAGCAACAGAAGGCGGGGUGACUUCAAUGUACUGUGUAGUACUGUUGGAAGAAGCCCAGCGGGUUCUUUUUCAAACAAAAGGAACUAUACCCCGACUCUGCCAUUCAUGUGAACUCUGUCAUUUCCUUUUGUAGCAAUGGGAAUGUCCCAAAUAUUGUGCACAUCAAUGCUGCAUUUUGCCAAUUACUGAAUGUGAGAUAAAGUUAAACAGAGUUGCAGAUCAAAAGUUUCACUGUUUGUACUCUGCCACUAAUUUAAAUAACGUUCUUCAGCUUAGUCCCACCACUAGCAGGGCACUGGUAAGAAUAUUCCAGUAUGGGUUCUUUUUGGGGGGGUGUGAAAUCCUGACAGCAUGAAUUGCUGAACAUCUUUAAAUUUCAGGUUGGCCUUGCCAAAUUUUUGGCUCCCGGUGGAAACCUGUCCUUUUAGAUUUGCCAGGGACUCAGAUUAGAUCUAAUAGUAACAGCAUCAUCUCCACUUGUUCUUAUAUAAAAUGAUGGGGAAGGCUGAUUUUUAUAUCUGCAGGUGUGUCCAACCUCUCCCCUGCCUUAUCUCUCCAUGGUCUUUCUCUUAAAACUGAGCUUGGGAGGGGAGGGAAGACUCCAUAUGGUCAUCUGGAUGUUAGAAUUAAAUCCUGUCUCCUACUUUAUAAGUCAUUGGGGCAGAUGUGUGAACAAAGGAAGUAUGUAGCUGCCGUGAACUUUACUAAUUUGGCCCUAAGACGUUUUGGGACAGAGUUAAUACAAACUGCUGUGCUAACGAUGAACAUAGCGAAGGCUUGAUUUUGAUGGCCAUUUCUUAAUGAACAGUGUGCCUGACUAAUUUUGAAAUGGUGUACGGAAGAUUAAUAAAGAAAUGAAAAAAAUAAA